AAAGACUCUAAACUGUAAAGUCUGCAUAUGAAAUUGAUCAGUUAAGUUUUUGAAAUCAAGCUGAGAAGAUGUUUCAAGUUUUUGGAUUGUUAUUUUUCAUAUUUGGCCUAUGCCUGGCUGAUACUUUCGAUGAGUGUAAUGAGGGAAAUAGCUUUUCCUUUGUUACCUCGCCAAAGAGUUGCGCACAUUAUAUUUUCUGCAACGGCGAUGAGUCAUACGAUGGUGAAUGCGAGGAGGGUGAAUACUUUAGUUCCGAUAUGGAAAUGUGUGAGCCCAUGGGCGAUAUUGAUUGCCGUACAGGAUUGGCGGUGCAAACGGAAAAUAAUAAUAAUAAUAAUGACGAUAGCUCAACGGAGAUUAACCCGGGAUCAACUGACGUGGCGGCUACUACAAUUCCUGCUAAUUUAAAUACCACAUUGACUCCAUCGGUGAUUGUAACAUUACGUCCAACAGUCAAUCAAAAUGGCAGUACCAAUGGUACCAUUACUCCACCUUUAUCAUCUGGUAUAGAGACUAUUGUGACGAAUGUAUGUCCACAAAUGGAUAAUCAAAGUCGUAUCGCAUUGCUGGCAAAUCAGAACUCCUGUUCGGAUUAUUACAUUUGCUAUCGCGGCGAGGCUCUGCCUCUGAGCUGUGCCGCCAGUUUGCAUUUUAAUACUCAAACUGGAAAAUGUGAUCAUCCGGAAAAUGUUAGAUGUUUGGCAAUCACUUCUAAUCCUCGAGAGCAGUGCAAACGCCAUGUGAUCGAUGUUUAUCCGCAUCCCGACAACUGCAAUUACUUCUAUCAAUGCCGCUCUGGUUAUUUGUUGGUCCAGCAGUGUCCUUUCUUCUAUGGCUGGGAUUACGAGAAGCGAUCCUGUGUGGCGCUAAGCCAGGCCAAAUGCUAUAACAAAAUACAAAUGCAAAUGAAAUUAUAAUAAAAAUGUAUCAAGUUUAAUUAUAUC